AUGGCUGUACCUGGACCUCCGCUGCUCCUCUUUCUGUCUCUGCUGCUGCCGCUGCUGUUGAGCAAGGCAUCUCUGCCAGCAAAUGCAUACACGCUCACCCCCGGACGGCAGCCCCAGCACAAGCUCCUCCACCUGGACUGGCCAAGGGAUUGUGGUUUGGCUCACUUCAAGCCAAACGUAGCUGAGAGGAUUGUUUCCGGGAACGAGGCCAGACCCCACUCCUGGCCCUGGCAGGUGUCUCUGCAGGUUCGUCCCAGGGGAAGCAAACAUUACAUUCACGUCUGUGGAGGAACUCUCAUUCACAAGAACUGGGUCCUUACUGCUGCUCACUGCUUCCAAAAGGGGAAAGCUGAGGAUGCUGGGAGUUGGAGGAUCGUCCUGGGGAAGCACCAACUGAGACGCUCGGAGAAAGCAGAAAGGGUCUUUCCCGUGAAGAGGAUCUACCGACACGAGAACUUCCGUUACCCGGCUCACAGCGAGCUGGACUACGACAUCGCCCUGGUGAAGGCUGCCACAGAUAUCGUCCCCACAGACUUUAUCCGCUACGCCUGCCUGCCGCGCAAGCAGACCAGUCUCAACCCGGGACACUACUGCUGGGUCACCGGCUGGGGAGACACCCGAGGCGGGAAGGAGAAUGUGUCUCUGGCAGAAGCCCUGAAUCAAGCCCGCCUACCCAUCAUUGGCCACAAGACCUGCCGGCAGAAGAAAUUCUGGGGCGAGCGUGUCCGAGACUCCAUGAUCUGUGCCGGGUUCAGAGACACUGAGGGCCCGCCUGCUGCAUGCCAGGGUGACUCCGGCGGCCCUCUGCUGUGCCAGCAGGGUCACGACCGCUGGGAGGUGCACGGUGUGGUGAGCUUCGGCCCGAUUGGCUGCACCGUGGAGAACAAACCCAGCGUCUUCACCCGCACCGCUGCCUACAUCCCCUGGAUCGAGGCGACGCGCAUCAGGGACUUCUUCCUGCACUAAACGUGUCCCCGGCUCUGUGCUGGCAGCAAACUUAA